UAACAGCACAACAACACGGCAGGAGGAGGAGGAGGAGGAGGAGGGCGUGUGUAUCAUGUGUAUGUGUAUGGGGGGGGCUGGUCUUCGCAGGAUGAGCGAGCGUCCCAUCAUCCCACGUCCGCCCUCUUGUACAUGAUUUGUACAGUGUAGACAGUGAGUGUCGGGUUCGGUCGCGCGCGCGCUCGCUCGCCCGCCCGCCCUCCAGGAAAUGGUUACGAUGACCGAGCUCUGCGAGAUGGACUGUAACGUGCUGAAGCGCUUUCUGAAGGACGACGGGGCCAAGUGCUUGCUGCUGGAUUGCAGGUCCUUCCUCGCGUUCAGCGGAGGACACAUCCGAGGCGCCGUGAACGUCCGCUGCAACACGAUCGUGCGCAGGAGAGCCAAGGGCUCCGUGUCUCUGGACCAGAUCCUGUCGGGGGACGAGGAGGUCAAAGCCCGGCUCCAGUCGGGACUCUACUCCGCCGUGGUCCUGUACGACGAGAGGACGUCCGAUGCGGACAACAUCAAAGACGACGGCACUGUUACUCUGGUUCUUAACGCCCUGUACAGAGGCACCUUCGGGACCCCCAUCUAUCUCCUGAAAGGCGGCUUCGACAGGUUCCUCGCCGAGUAUCCGGAAUUUUGCCUGAAAAGCAAGUCUCUGACCGCCGCGUCGCUCCAGCCCGGCGCCGAGUCCGGCUGCAAGUCGUGCGGAACCCCUCACCACGACCAGGGAGGCCCGGUGGAGAUCCUGCCCUUCCUGUUCCUGGGCAGCGCCUACCAUGCCUCCAAGAGGGACAUGCUGGACAGAAUGGGCAUCUCUGCCCUGCUCAACGUGUCCUCCAGUUGCCCCAACCACUUUGAGGGCUUGUACACCUACAAGUGCAUCCCAGUGGAGGACAACCACAAGGCCGACAUCAGCUCCUGGUUCAUCGAGGCCAUCGAGUACAUCGACUCGGUGAAGGCGUCCAACGGAAGGGUGCUCGUUCACUGCCAGGCCGGGAUCUCUCGCUCUGCCACCAUCUGCCUGGCCUACCUGAUGAAGAGGAAGGGGGUGCGCCUGGAGGAGGCCUUCGAGUUCGUCCGGCAGCGGCGGAGCGUCAUUUCGCCCAACUUCAGCUUCAUGGGCCAGCUGCUGCAGUUCGAGUCUCAGCUCCUGGCCACGUCCUGCUCCGUGGAAGCGGCGAGCCCCCCUGCCUCACGUGGCUCCAAGGCGGCCACCGCCCCCGCCGAAGCCUCCAGUACCUCCACCUCACCCUUCGUCUUCAGCUUCCCUGUCUCCGUGGUGACGCACGGGCAGUCGAGCACUCUGUCCUACCUGCAGAGCCCCAUCACCACCUCGCCCAGAUGCUAGGGCCCCCCGCACCCACUCAGGGAUUGAGACGUGUGCCAGCGCCCCCUAGUGGUUAAAGCUUUUAGGAGCUUCUACAGUCUUCAGUCUGUUGAGGCUCCUCCAAGACAUUGUACAGAACAGAAGCUUCUAGAAAAUUUCUGUACAGCUGGUGGGAGCUUCUAGAAUCCCAGGCAUGUUGGAAGUUCCAAGUAGGGGAGUUUUGCCGUUUCUAAGUAGCAGCUGAAGGUUAAGACCACUUUUGUGCUCUGCAGCGUGUCGACGUGUCCGUCUCUGAAACACGGUCCUCCUGUCUGUUAGAUGUAGGCCGGGGAGGGGGGGGAGACAGUUCUGAACCUCACAUAACUGCACAUGUGCAAAUGAGGUUUAAGUAUCAGCCAGUGGACCUAAAGGGCGCACCCUCAUCGUUAGUGAUCUUUCAUCUUCCUUCACACUUUCAGGGUUGGUUUCCUCGCACCGAAAGUGCAAAGUAGAUUAAUUGCUGCUCUAAAGUGGUAUCGUUCAUCUCCGUGUUCCUCAUCGUGUCUUCCAAGAACUCCUCCGGGGCUCGUGGACAAGCCCUCCUCCCCUUUCCAACAGGAAGCUCUCCACCUCUGUCAGAUGGUAGUGACACGUGCUGCCCACCUCCCUCACUUCUUCUACUGGACCACUGCUUUGAUGGGGAACUUGAGGUGGUCCGUGGCUGGGUGUCCAUAGCUGGGGACCCAUAGCUGGGGGCCAGUGGGGUCAUGUGCAGAUGAGCUAGAUAAGGACUUGCAUGCUGCAGUGUAGCAGGGAGGAAGAGAAGUACAGGGGAGGGGGCGUUUUCCUUUUUUUCUUAGUGCCUUGUUCACAGAGAAGGUACAAGAUGCUCCAGGAACUGCUGGAUGCCCAUGUCUGCAUUCAACAGUUUCUCAUCUCGAUCAAGCAGAGAGAAAGGCAGGAAAGCAUUUCGAACUCUUUCAAACCGCAAUACACAUUUACCAAGUGUCAUUGUCUCUUGAUUCUUACAUUUCCAAAUUGGAGCAAUAAUUUUCUUUCCUCUCUCCAGUUGCUGCCAAAGCACUAUAUUUCCUUGUAAUACCUUUCUCGGUUUGUUUAAACGUACUACUUUUUAUUUCAUUGCCCAUUUUUUCAGUAGCUUGACUUGAAACCUUUUUUUUUUUUAAAGAUGUAAGAUUUUUUUGAAGAAUGUUUUUAGAAGUUUGAUCUCCAUCCCUGUUGUCUGUCUUCAAGUCCUGCUACUGCCAGGUCAGUGGGCUGGAAAAUGUGUUCAACUUGUCUUUUGUCUGAAAAAGGCUGUAGAUUCAAAACAAGUGUCAUGCGGGUGCAACCUGUGAGACCUGCCCAGGCCCCGCUCCUCGCGUCCGCAGCGGAUGGGGGACGGGAGCAAGGGCGGGUCCACGAUGUCCACUCAAAACAGCCCCGAAUGCACAAACUCUUAUUCAAACACUGGGUAGUCUGAAAUCACUGAAAAUGUAUCGAGAACGAGGGUGUGGGUGGGUGCUGGAGGGGUCCAAGUCACUUCAGAUGGGUUUCUCCAAACCUUAUAUGAGUAAAACUACAGAAAUGCCUGGUUUGUAAAGACCAAGGCUUCCCUGGAUUGUUUAUUACCUUUUCUUUUUAAUCUAUGUUUGGCGAGACACAGCUCUGUAAAUGAUAUUGCUUUUGAAUGCAGAGUUGCCUUGAGGACUCUGGCUUUUUCAAGGUGGUCCUGCAAACUCUACCAGCCCAGAGCGAAGGCUCUAAGCAAAAUGUAGGAUUGUUUUUUCCCUUUUUCAAGAAUGUUGGCACCUUUUUAUAGAGCACUUUUAAAGUGAUGCAAUAUUGUGAUGUACUUUUAAAUUCAUUUGCACAUUAAUUCAAGAAAAGGUAGUAGCUGACUUUUUUUCCUCAUGUAUUAGGGUAGUCAAGUGACAGUAAUAUGGUAUAUAACAGUCAACAAUCAUGAAGCAAUGCAAUACUUUAUACCUGUGUCAAGUGAAAUGUCAAACUUCC